AUGGCUUUUUUCAUUUUAAAGAAACCAGCAUUUAUCACAUUCAACAUGGAAAAAUACUCUGAAAACAUGUCUUUAAUGAGCAAGCAUCAGAUUUUAAGUAAUGGAAAUACAUCAAAUGCAUCUUUGGUCAAGCACAGAAAUGGAAAGUGGUACAUUAAAUAUGGAAAUGUUCUUCUGGAAAUGAAAGAUGUCAAAUGUAAGGAAAUGACGAUUUCAAAGAUCAACCACGAUGUUGGCACUUUUGUUGAGAAGGUAAACUGUAAAUGGUUCUUACAAAAUACCGCCAAUUUAUAA